AAUAAACAUUUUCGGAGUUACUCGUAGUGAACUUUUCGGGAAUUCAUUUUCAUUUUUUGCAAAUUUAAGCUUAUUAAAAAUAGUGAAAAUAUCAUAAAUGUGUGUACAAGAUGAAUGCAGAAAUACUUCAUCAGGAUAUUCAAACGCUACUAGAGUUUUUCGCCAAAAAUUGUUAUCGUGCGAGUGAUUCAAAUUCUGAAUCUUCAUUUGGCAAUGAUGUUAUGCAAAAGUGUUCGGUACUCAUGAAGCUCGAUUAUAGCGUCGUGGAAAUAUCAAAUGCGACUGGUGAACUCUCAACUCAUUAUCCUAGUACGGUGUUGAUUCCCGAGUAUGAAAACCAUAGCUUCACUCAACAACAACCCAACAGCGUGUACAAUGGAUUAACAUCUCAACAACAACCAACGAAUCGACAACAAACAAUUUACGAAAGUACUUAUGAAGCCGGUAAACUGCGUGAUCUCAUCAAUAAGGCACGAUUUGCACGGUGCCGAGCUCGAUUUCCAUUGCCGGUUAUUUUGUACCGAGGAAAGUACAUUUGUAGAUCAGCGACGUUAUCUGGAGGGCCAGAGAUCUACACACGAAGUGGCUUUGAUUAUUUAUUUGCGGGUGUUGACAAUACAACGUCAGUGAAGUCAUCGCCACUUGAUGAGGAAGCGUAUGAAGCUCAAGAAACGUCACUUAACGAAGAAGCAUGCACAGAAGAGAAAGCCGAGAAAGGAAGCAGCGAAUGGCAACUUUUCGAUCGUGUACGUAAUCAAGACAUAAAGCUUUUAAGGACACUUAAUGUUGGGUCAAUCAUUGACUUGAUGGUGGAGAAGAAGAAAGUAAAGUUCAUGAUGAAUGUGACGUCGUCGGAGAAAGUUGACAAAGAAAAACGAUAUCAAGACUUCAAACUCAUUUCACUGCCUUAUCCUGGUUGUGAAUUCUUCCGUUUGUUUCGUGAUAACAAUUAUUCAGGCGAAGGACUUCUCUUCGAUUGGUCGCAAAAAAAUGUUGACGCUGAGAUUUGUGUGCCUGAAGAUCCAAUGUCAGCUCAACUCAACAUCAAUUGGGAUUCAUAUAAAGGAUGGGAUUUGGUUCAAAUCACACAAAAUUACAUCAAACUUUUACUGAAAUAUCUUCAAGACAGCAGUUCUGGUUUGCUUAUUCAUUGCAUCAGUGGGUGGGAUCGAACGCCACUCUUCAUUUCGCUUUUGAGGCUUUCAUUGUGGGCUGAUGGUGCAAUUCAUCAAUCACUCAGUGCAAUUCAAAUUUUAUAUUUUACCAUUGCCUACGAUUGGCUUUUAUGUGGACAUCGUCUUGUUGAUCGUCUCGAAAAAGGUGAAGAAAUUUUCUUCUUCUGCUUUUACGCCCUCAAAUAUUUGAUGGACGAUGAAUUUAGUGUUGUUGGACAAAGAUUUCGAAGUAAACAAAGUAGCAGUGGAAGUAGCUCAAUUGGUGUGAUUCGAACUGACAGUGAUGUGUUUGAAGGAAUUCUUUUCGAUGGUGACAGUCGUGGUUCAAGUGUUUCCUUAAAUUCAACAUGCAGUGCCCGAAGUCAUCAAGAUAGUCAUUCAAAUAUAAUAUCAUCAAAUGGCCUCAUCGAUGACACAAAUGUUAAUCUCAAUGGAAAUAACUGGCUGCACAGUCAAGACAGUAACAAUAGCAUUGAAUGUUUGUCACAUGACAGCGGCAAUAACAUCCUCAAUUGGUCGCCUCUGCUUCGUAAGAGAACAAGUCCAAUGUUAGUGCCACAAUCAGAAGCUAACAGUAGUAUCGGUGGACAUCAUCGUCAACGUCAAGAAUCGUCUUCAAGUAUAUCGAGACUGAAUGCCGUACGUACGCUCUUCUAUAAUUGCUACAGCUCAACAAUUGGCUACAAAUUUAAAAACGGAACUGAUUCAGCGACACUUGGUUCACUCUUGGGAAAUUUCGCUGAACGUGUGGGCUUAACACAAAGAACUACCGUUUGA